UGACCUCAACAAUGCAGCACCCAGGCGAAAUGCCUUCCUAACCAAGCAUUCGCCCACAACAUUGCUCUUAAAGGACUUUAUUUGCCAUCCAGAUAUCCAGCACACUAAACAACCCGCCCUGGCUGCUUGGAUAUUACAGUCGAAAUGGCACCCAAGUCACUCAUUCCAUUCCUGGUCGCCAUGAUGUUGGUGACUGGUGUUUGCAACACGAUCCUUACAAAAUACCAGGACAUGCAAUGUGUUCGCAACUGCGAUUCCCCCGACCCAAAAAAGCGGGUGGUGUUUGAACAACCUGUCGUCCAAACUCUACAAAUGUUCAUCGGAGAAAUGGGGUGUUGGCUGGUUGUGUUGGCGUGCAAGUUCUGGAAUCGGUAUAUCAGCCAUCGGCUCGGCGGUUCCUCUAAAGCAUCCCUUCUCACCGGUGGUUAUGAGCCAGUUGACGGUGCGGACAAUGACCUUGCCGAGUCCGACGAUGAAUUAGACUCCACCUCUCCCUUAAAUGGAAGUCCGCGGGCUUCGACUACAAAGCGCUCUAAAGAACAUGAUGGUAGAAUAAAAUUGAAAGGCUGGAAGGUAUUCAUGCUGGCUGCCCCAGCAUGCUGUGAUAUCACUGGUACCACGCUUAUGAAUGUCGGAUUGUUAUUUGUCGUUGCAAGCAUAUAUCAGAUGACACGAGGUGCACUGGUGCUCUUCGUCGGCCUUUUCAGCGUACUUUUUCUUCGCAGGAAAUUAUAUCUAUACCAGUGGCUGGCUCUGGUCGUUGUUGUCCUUGGAGUUGGCAUUGUCGGACUUGCCGGUGCCGUCUUUAAAGAUAAUCCUGAAGCUCUGGGUGACUCCCGAACCGUGACGCAACUGAUUUCAAGGGCAGAGGAACUUGACGGUUUUUCUGGUGAAACUCCAGUAGCUGUACGGACGAUUAUUGGGGUGCUAUUGAUCGCAGGAGCCCAAAUUUUCACAGCCACCCAAUUCGUUUUGGAAGAGUGGAUUCUUGAGAAUUAUGCCAUGGAUCCUCUGCAGGUUGUUGGUUGGGAAGGAAUUUUUGGAUUUCUAGUUACGCUUUUCGGCAUGAUAAUCCUUCAUUUCGCUAUCGGCAAUACCGAAAAUGGGAGGCACGGAUAUUUUGAUAUGAGGGAAGGGUGGCACAAUACGACUACGAAUAAGGCUGUUGCGAUAUCGGGCAUACUAAUUAUGAUCAGUAUAGGCGGCUUCAACUUUUUUGGCCUCAGUGUCACUCGAUCUGUAUCUGCCACUUCCCGCAGCACCAUCGACACGUGCCGCACUCUCUUCAUCUGGAUGAUAUCUCUUGGUCUUGGCUGGGAGUCCUUCAAGUGGCUUCAGGUAGUUGGUUUCGCUAUGCUUGUUUACGGCACUUUCCUUUUCAAUGAUAUCGCCAACCCUCCUCUGAAAGCCUGCGUACCGACACACAGGCCAAGGGAAGAGCUAUUUCCGGAAGAGCCCAUCGAACAUAUCUAAACAGGCUUAACUUCCACACUUGUAAAAUUUCCGGGAAUUUUCCGGGAAUUUUCUUCCGGUAAUAACCAACAUGUUAUAGGCUAUUUUCGGACUUGGGAAUUUGGUGUUUUCUGGAAUCCCCUUCCAUUUAUAGCUCAAAUUUCAUUCACGUUGGUGGAGCAUUGGUUAUGGCAUUUGGCGGCGUGUUGUUGUGUAUGGGUCUUAUUUUCCAGUUCGUUGGCAGGCGUUACUUCAUACUUUAUGAUCAACUUUUCAUUUGUUCAUCAACGCAAUUUUUGCUACAUUCUUAUGUAUCAACAGUUUAGCAUUUCGGUAUGGUCCAAUUCAACGUCUUCAAUCAUAAAACUCAUAUCAACUG